UCAGGUCCCCGAUGACCGUGAGCGGGGCAGUGCGGCUCUGCGGCGCCCCACCUCUGGAGUGGUCUGCUGCUGGAGUUUGGACCUUGUGAUUCUUGUCUUCUUCCUCUCUUCCCCAUCCUGUCCGUCCUCUCCCCCUCCCCCUUUCCCCCCUUGUCCCCCCUCCCAUGCGUCGUGGUGUUGGACGUCAUGAGCAUAGUAAUUGCACUGGGAGUCACUACACCUGAAACGUCUUACUCAGAUAUGGCUGCUGGAUCAGACCCUGAGUCAGUUGAAGCAAGCCCUGCAGUAAAUGAAAAAAACUUCAACCACAGCUGUGGGAGUGCACAGAGUCAUGGGUAUCGGGGACUACCAUAUGCUAUGCAACAGUCUUCCGUUGUGUGUUGUCAGGAUCACAACUAUGGCGCGCCCCCUCCCCCAACCCCACCUGCCUCCCCGCUCUCCCAAACCAUCAUUCCCCGCAUGGAUCUCAACAGCGUGGUACACCACUCCUGCUAUUACAAAGGUACUGAGGACAACUCAGCCGACAGCGACAGCUCCUCAGAGGAAGAUGGAGUAGUCCCCAGCUGGUGCCACUGCAACCAGACACUAGACGGCUUGGUCAGCUGCAGGGAACUGGACAGGAGGAAAGGAGCAGAUGGCCAACAAAGAAAAACUGAAAAUGUCUCAGCUGGAGAAAGCAGUGCAACAGAAAGUGGCGAUGAAGAGGUUUCACCUUCCACCAUCUCCUACACGGCCACCCAGCAUACUCCCACCAGCAUAAAACUUACUGUCAACCGAAUCAAAAGAAGCAAAUCCAAAAAGAGGAAAAAGAGCACAGAGAAAGCACGCGGAACACCAAAGGAAAAGAAAGUUAAGGCUUUCAGAGAAGGUUCUAGAAAAUCAAUGAGGAUGAAGAACUCAACCACAGAGGCCAGCGUGCUAGAUGAGAAUACAGCCGAGGGGUGGGAAAGUAAAAUCCGCCAGUGGACGGACCAGUAUGAGGAGGCUCUGGCUAACCAGUACAGCGCUGAUAUUCAGAUGCUGCUCCAGCUUCACGGCUCCACGGUCUCCAAGGUGGAGAGUGGCAGCACUACGCCUCUUUCCACCACACAGAUGCACGCCUCCGUUGACGCCAUGGACACCAUUAAUCGCACUGAGCUGGCCUGUAACAAUACAGUGCUGGGCUCUCAAAUGCAGCUCCAACUGGGACGGGUAACACGGGUACAGAAACACAGGAAGAUCCUUCGAGCCGCAAAAAACCUGGAACCAGACACACUUAUCAUAGAGUAUCGGGGAAAGGUCAUGCUUAAACAACAGUUUGAAGUCAAUGGGCACUUUUUCAAAAAGCCUUAUCCUUUUGUGUUGUUCUAUUCAAAAUUUAACGAUGUAGAAAUGUGUGUUGAUGCAAGGACAUUUGGAAACGAUGCCAGAUUUAUCAGGAGGUCCUGCACGCCUAAUGCCGAGGUCCGGCAUAUGAUUGCUGAUGGAAUGAUACAUCUGUGUAUCUAUGCCGUUAGUCAAAUUGCAAAGGACUCUGAAGUCACGAUUGGAUUUGACUACGAGUUCAACAGCUGUAAUUAUAAAGUGGACUGUGCCUGCCAUAAGGGCAACCAGAACUGCCCCGUGCAGAAACACAAUAUGAGCCCACGGGAGAGCUUGCUGAGUCCUCCAUCUCUGCCUCCUCCCUCUCCAAUUGUUGGUGCGGAGACCCGGCGGAGAAAAGCAAGACGGAAAGAGCUGGAGGGCUGUCUGGCCAGUGACGGUAACAAGUCCCUCGACCAGCAGCCCGAGUCCAAAGAUCUGCACGGAAACAGUGACACAGAGGAGAGACCACUGGAGGAGAUUAAAGUGGAAGGACAGGAAGUGGAGCUGGAUGAAAAUGGGCUUGCUACCUCCAGUAAAAGAAUGUCUAACAGCCUGGAAAGGAGGAGGAGAAGGGUUGGGGGAGCUGAGGUUAAGGAUGAGGUUGUGGAAAUUGAGGAUGGGGCAGGAAACCCCGCAGGGAAUACCUCGAUAUCCCACAGCACCGGAGUGGGGGUCAGCACACGACGUACCACCUACGUCAUGGAUCCCCUGCCAACUGAAGAAAAGAUGCCAUUAACCAAUCCCCCUGCCCCGGCCGCUCCCACCAAACCUACCAGGAAUACCAAGCCCCGGCCCAAAAGUCGGAUGUCGCGCUACCGGUCAAACUCAUCCCAGCGUGCCCGGCGCCAGCGCCAAGCACUCGCCCAGCAGCCAGCAGCGCUGGCCUCCGCUGUAGCCUCGGCCCAGACAUCCGCCGAGCAGACCGCUGCUGUCCACAGGGAGGGGGCUCAGGGCCCGUACGGGGCCGAGCACGGUCACGGCGACUGUAGCCUUGCAGGUCAUAUCGUGGACGGCGAUGGCCAGGGCCUACACAGCAUUAACAGAAGCAACAUGCGCCACCCAAAGACCAAAAAGUACCUCGUGACUGAAUGGUUAAAGGACAAGGUCCCCGCAGGGGAGAAAGUUCCCCAAGAGAUGCCUGUUGAACGCCCACUGCGAAUAACUACUGACCCCACAGUGCUCGCCACCACCCUCAACAUGCUUCCCGGCCUGUCCCACCCGUCACUCAUCUGUACAACACCCAGACACUACAUUCGUUUCGGCUCCCCGUUUAACCCCGAGAGGCGCCGGCCCCGCCCACUCCAAAUGGACGGCACCUACGGAUGCUACAAAAAGAGAUGGAUCAAGCAGGUGGUGGAUGAGAGCUGCUCGACCAGUGUGGAGGACGGCACUGACUCCACCUCAUCCCAGCAAAGCACCAGUAGUAGGUCUACCCCCAACCCCCUGUGCAGCGAAGUCAACGCACCAUUUAAAAAGCGACGCUGCAAGUACAUGACUGAAACGGCAUCAGCACCUUCGGACCACAUGCUUCACCCAUUGUCCCCCAUCACACCACCACUACCAGAGGACUCCCUCCACCCGCUGCUCCACCCUCCAUGUGGCUCUCUGCUGCCCAACGGUCUGGCUUACUCACCCAUGCCCUCGCUGCCGACCAGCCGCUGCAACACCCCUCUUCAGUUUGAAAACAUAUCAUCUCCUGAGGCGUCUCCUGUACAUCGGCCAGAGUCUCUCUCUCCAGAGCCGUGUGGUCAGGCCGACUUUGAGGCUUCACGCCACCAGUUCCCGGACCUGUCCCUUCCCUCCAGUUUGGAAAGCACUGCAGCCAUGGCCUCAGAUGACUUUACGCUUACUGGGAUUGCUUUGGGCCAAGACUCCGAAUGUCCAUCCUCUGCAGGGGCUAGUUCCAUAAACUUUGUGUCGGGUCCUUCCUCUGACUCCCAGAACAGGGAACAGGCCUUCAGGACAGAGUUCAACCUCAUAUACACCUGCUCACCCCUCAACGCAAACCUAGGAAACUCUGUGACAACCGACCGCCGCCUUUCCCAGUUGGAUGAAAGCUACUCCUCAGCAGACUCCUUACACAGUUCCUUAGGUGGCCCGGGCCUGGCAGGAGAUCUGGGCUCGGGUUCCAUGUCACCUUACGGGGAUCCUCAUUAUGGCUCAGGCUACCUCGACAAUAGUACUCCUCCUUACACUGGAAAUCCUCCACAGAAGAAGAAGAAGGUCAACCAGCAUACCAUUAGUCUGCUGACAGGAAAGGCAGAUAACCAGCCUAUAUCUGUGUCUCUGCUGGAAUACCGUAAGAGGAAGCAGGGCAGCGGCCGCGACUCCGACCUGGUCAGCCUGAGCUCCCCGCGCCCCGCCGGCCACACCCACCCCGGACCCCCCCCCCCCGGCCACACCCACCCCGGCCCCCGCUACAGCAAGGGCCCCCGCCACCACCCCUUCUUUCAGCACACGCAGCCCCACCCCCCCGCCUUCCCACAGAUCGAGGAGGUCAGUCCUCCGGACCACCACGGCUUACCGGUCAAAUCCAAAGGCCAAGACAGCAACAACCAAUGGAUGGUGCCCACCACCGUUGAACGUUUAAGGGAAGGCCAGGGGGUUUUGGAGCGGGUUCUGAGGAGCAUAAAGACAGAACGGGUUUACAAACGGAGCGAUGGACCAUCGGAGAGGGAGCCCGACGCAGAUCGAUGUAAAGCGCAAGUAUUGUCGGUGGCUUCCUCCAAAAAGAGUCCGCACAGACACAGCCCCCCCGUUAUCUCACACCAGUCAACAGAGAGCCACAGACAGUGCGAUAGCCCCUCAUUUCUCCAGCAGACCUCUCACUCUCCGUUACCCAGUUCCGUUAGCCCGUCUCCCGGCCAGAGCUUCUACCCGCGCCUGUCGUCCCUCCCCGGGCUGGCCCAGGACUACCCCCAGGCCUCCUACUCCACUGCCCCGGCCUUCUGCGAGUCCAGACCCCCGCUGGACGCCCCGCCCCACCAGCAGAGCGCGGGCAGUAACUGUGAGAAGGCCUACGGCGCCGGCCCCGCUAAAGCCCGUCUGCUGAAGGGCAGCACCCCCCACCCCCACCCCCCCGGCCCGGUCAGAGCGGACCCGGACGGCUCCCCCGCAGGCCUGAGGUCCGGCAGCCCUGGUCAGGCAGGGCUGCUGACCGGCCCCGCCCCCCCCCAGUUCCCCCAGCGGGGGCCGGGCCUCGGCCAGUUCCAGCACUCCCCCCUCCAGGGACCUGGAGUAAGGACGCAGUCAGGAAGCUUUUGA